AUGGCUGGGAAGUUAAGUUAUUGAAAUGGCAACAACACAGCCUUAACCAAUUAGAUCACGGAAUUCAGUACCCAUCAAAGCGGAACAUACACUGUAUUCUUGUUGCUUCUUCAAUCUUUUAUUUUAAAAAAGAAAACGAGCAGGUAUAUAAUGGCUUCCUAACAGCAGAUGAGAUUGCCGAUAUUCAAUCACGCGUAAUCUCAGAGUUCAAGAUGAUAGAAAUUCCAAAUGGAGUAAAGGAAUUUGUGCGAGAAAAUAAAAAGGAUUAUCAACAAGAUAGUCUGGAAGAGAUUGAAAGAUUUCUAAAGCAAUAUGUCGGGAACCAAUUCAGGGAUAGGUUACUAAACAGAGCAUUUUUUAGACUUUUGGAAGAAUGUGUACUGUUGGAUCCCUCAACAGACACGAAUGAAUUGACGGAGGGAACGUACAUGAUGGAUUACAUAGCACCGAUGUUUAAUAGAACAAUACAUUAUUUUAAUUAUACAACCACACAUUCAUGGAUUGAUGUGGCAUCUAAUGCAUCUAAAUUACGUCGAGGCCAUCGUGGUCGAAUACCAGAUUACAAGCUGAAUAAUAAAAAUGGAACUCGUUCAGCUGUAUUUGGUGAAGUAACCAGCCCAAAACGUCAAAAUGAAGAACCUAAA